CGUGAUUAUAACAAUUGUUGAUAAAUGUAAUAUGUAACUGUUAAAAAGGAAAUAUCUCUACAGUUGUCUUAUACUUUCCCCAAACGUUUCCGACGGAUACUUCCUCGCCGUCCGAUGGCGUCAUCGCAAGAUGCGUGGUACCUGUCAUUACUAGGGCUGGCAGAAAACUUCCGGACGUCAAAUCGCAUCAAGAUGUGUAUCCAGUGUCUACAGGCCGUUUUCAGUUUCAAACCUCCGCCGAGGGUCGAGGCCCGGACCCAUCUGCAGCUGGGCAACAUACUUCUGCAGUACACGAAAAACACGGACCUAGCUCGGACUCACCUAGAACAAGCGUGGUUGCUGUCGCAGUCCAUCAACGCGUUCGACGAUGUCAAAUUCGAGGCAGCCAGUGUCGUGGCUGAAUUAUACCAGCAACAGAACCAAUCGAAUCUGGCCAAGCCAAUUCUGAGGAAAGCCGUUGAACUGUCGCAACACAACAUCUACUGGCACUGUAGACUUAUAUUUCAAUUAGCCCAAAUACAUGCUGUAGAAAAAGAUUACGAAUUGGCGAGCAGCCUACUUGGUGUUGGCGUUGAUUACGCUCACAUAUCGUCGGCAGCUUAUACCCGAGUACUUUUUCUGCUCAGCAGGUGCAUGUUACUGCUUAUUGACAAAAAAAUCACAGAAGUUUCUCCGUUGUUAACCCAAGCGGGAUAUUUAGUUGAUAAUUGGCAAGCCAGCCAGUAUCAGAAAGAAUAUCUAAAAGUUUUCUUUUUAGUUUUACAAGUAUGUCAUUAUUUAAUGGCUGGGCAAGUAAAGAGUGUCAAACCAUGUUUAAAACAGUUACAACAAAGUAUUCUGACAAUCAUGCAGCCUACUUGGCCCUCCGAUGAAGUUGUAUGUGGAUCUAACAUGGGUGAUAUGUUCAUAUGGAUGCCCAAAGAACAAUUAUAUGUUGUAGUCUAUUUAGUUACUGUAAUGCAUAGUAUGCAAGCAGGGUACAUGGACAAAGCGCAAAAGUACACUGAUAAAGCUUUGGCACAGAUUGAAAAACUAAAAGCCGGUGACAAUAAAACCCCAAUAUUGUCAGUCUUCCAGUUAAUGUUACUCGAAAACAUGGUUAUGUGUAGACUAGUAACUGGAAAUAAAUCACAAGCAUUACGCGAGAUGUCUCAAGUAUGUAGUAUUUGUCAAAGACACCCAAGGCUUUUAAAUUCUCACCGUCCUCAACUUCAUAUGCUCAUUGGCCUAUAUGCUAUGAGUAUGAACUGUAUGGACGCUGCUGAAAUGCAAUUUACUACUUCUUUAAGGUUAUCACAAGAACGUGAGCUGUGGACAUUUGCAAACCUCAAUUUAGCUAUUGUUUACUUAAGAGGUAAAAGAGAUGUAGAACUUAAUGCCCUUUUAGACCGUAUAAACCCAGAAACUCUAACUUCGCACUCACACAGUCUUAGAGCUGCUGCAUACUAUGUUCAAGGUUUGCAAUCAUUUUUCCAAGCCCGUUACAAUGAAGCAAAGAGAUACUUAAGGGAAACAUUAAAAAUGGCUAAUGCAGAAGAUUUAAACCGUCUGACAAGUUGUUCCUUAGUGUUGCUUGGUCAUAUAUUUUUAUCAUUAGGCAAUAGUAGAGAAAGUAUGAACAUGGUCACCCCUGCAAUGCAGUUAGCUAGUAAAAUUCCUGAUGUCCAUGUACAGCUAUGGGCUUCAGCUAUUCUUAAAGAUUUAUAUAGAAUGUGCAAUGAUCCUGUUAGAGAAAAUGAAGCACUGCAAAUGCACUCUAACUUUUCACAAACAUUACUUAAAGACCAUUUUCAAUCGUCCGAAAUGCCUGAACACGCUCUUAUAUCGUGGACAGAUGGACAAUUUCCAAUUCAACUGAAACCAUUUGUAUCACCACCUCAACAACAUCAUCUCCAUUUACAGCAACAACAACAACUACAUAUGCAACAACAAAUGCACCUACAACAACAAAGCUUACACAUGCAACAACAGCACAUGCAAUUGCAGUCUAAACAACAAAACCCCGCAGCACUUGGACUUCCUUCUUAGCAUUUGCCAUAUACCAAUGCGAUCAAAGCACAUACAUUGUGCCAUCGACAUGUCUUCAAAACUGUCAUUAUAAAAGGUAUGUUAGUAAAAUUUGUAAUUAUGCACACAAAUAUUUUGUAUUUUAGCCUAAAUGUGAAAAGCUUAAAUAAUGUUUUUAUACUUUAAAGUUUUUUUCUCAGUAUAUAUAAACCAUUAGUCUUAUAUAUUUAUCAAUAUAUUUUUUUUUUAUACAACUAUUUACUUAAAUUGUUAUACAGUAAGUGCACUGUAUAGUACUCACUUUGAGUACAUUGAAUAAAAUACAAUUUAUUCUUUUCAAAAUAUUAACUCUUCAAGUUAAUCGAGUAACAGUAUUUUUGUUUGAAACCUAUAAUACCUAUAUUACAAAUAAAAGCAGUGACGACCUCUAUUUAUCCUA